AAAAAAAAUAUGGAUUGAUUAAAAGCAAAAAUAAAAGGUGGAUAUGAUAUAUUGCAAUAAUUGUGAUGAGUGAUUUAGGAUAUGAAAAAAAAAAAUAGUGGAUACGUUACUUCCUCGUUUAAUUAAAAUAUAGCUGUUUUUUAUGAGCGUGGAAGAGGAAAAGGGAAAAAUGGCAAUAUACUUUAAGAAGGGGAAAAAAAAAAUAACGAAAAAAUUUUUUUAUAGGGGUUUUGCGUGGGUCUCUUGACGAUUGUUAUAUUUAUUAGAUUGAUCCCCCCUUAUCUACCUCUCAUCUUGCAACCUCCCUCCACUUUAACCGGAUAUGCAUAUUUAACGGUCAUCCUAUAGAAAUAAAAAUAAAAAAUUAAUCUUCAAUGUCUCUCCCCAGUAAUACAUAUUGGUCAGCGUUAAAAAUUAAUUUUUUAAAUAUGUACUUUGAUAUGACUCGGAAGCAAUUGGCCGGGGGCCGUUGAACGACUUGGAAAAAUCGUUCAAAAAUUGGAUAAUAGCUAGAAGAAAAAAGAAAAAAAAAGUCAGCAAAAAACAGAAAAAGCAGCAGCAAUUUUGACGAGAUAAAAAUUUUUAAAUAAUGGCGGAAGGUCAAGGAUCAAGGGAUGCUGAUUUAGCAGAGGGUGGAAAUAUUUCAGCAUUGAAUUUAACAUGUACAACAACAGCAGCAACAACAACGACAAUAAUAAAAUCAAAAAAAGAUGAAUUACCUGAUCGAGGAACAUGGUCAAGUAAAGUUGAUUUUAUUCUCAGUGUUGUUGGUCUUGCAAUUGGUCUUGGAAAUGUUUGGAGAUUUCCUUAUCUCUGUUAUAAAAAUGGUGGUGGUGCAUUUUUAGUGCCAUAUUUUAUAACAGUAUUACUCGCUGGUGUACCAAUGUUUUUCCUUGAAUUAGCACUUGGACAAAUGAUGACAAUUGGUGGUCUUGGUGUAUUUAAAGUUGCACCAUUAUUUAAAGGAAUUGGAUAUGCUGCAGCAGUUAUGUCAUGCUGGAUGAAUGUCUACUACAUUGUUAUUUUAGCAUGGGCUAUUUUUUACUGCAUCAUUUCAAUGCAAAGCCCUUUACCAUGGGGUUCUUGUAAUAAUUAUUGGAACACAAAAUAUUGUGUUAGUCCAUAUGAGAGAAGAGGACUUCAUUGUUUCACUCGCUUUGGAAGAAAUAAUAGUGUUAUUAAAAUGUGCACAUUAAAUUCAGUAAAUAUAUCUGUAACUGAACUUUCUGAUCCUGUCAAAGAAUUUUGGGAACGUCGAGCACUUCAAAUAAGUGAUGGAAUUGAACAUGUUGGUGGUAUUAGAUGGGAAUUAGCAGCAACAUUAUUUCUCGUUUGGGUAAUGUGUUAUUUUUGUAUAUGGAAAGGUGUUAAAUGGACUGGUAAAGUUGUCUGGUUUACAGCAUUAUUUCCAUAUGUAUUAUUAACGGUACUUCUUAUCAGAGGAAUAACAUUACCAGGCGCUCUUGAAGGAAUUAGAUUUUACAUAACACCAAAUCUAUCAAAAUUAAAUGACUCUGAAGUAUGGAUUGAUGCAGUUACACAAAUAUUUUUUUCUUAUGGUCUUGGAUUAGGAACACUAGUUGCACUUGGAAGUUAUAAUAAAUAUACAAAUGAUGUUUAUAGAGAUGCAUUAAUUGUUUGUUCAGUAAAUUCAUCAACAAGUAUGUUUGCUGGUUUUGUUAUAUUUUCAGUUGUUGGAUUUAUGGCACAUGAACAACAAAGACCUGUAUCAGAAGUUGCUGCAUCUGGUCCUGGUCUUGCAUUUUUAGCAUAUCCAUCAGCAGUAUUACAAUUACCAGGUGCACCAAUAUGGUCAAGUCUUUUCUUUUUUAUGCUAUUACUCAUUGGAUUAGAUUCACAAUUUUGUACAAUGGAAGGAUUUAUAACUGCAAUGGUUGAUGAAUGGCCUCAUAAAUUACGUAAACGUAAAGAAAUAUUUAUUGCAAUUGUGUGUUUAAUAUCAUAUUUUGUUGGUGUCAGUUGCAUAACACAAGGUGGAAUGUAUGUUUUUCAAAUACUUGAUUCUUAUGCUGUUUCAGGCUCAUGUUUAUUAUUUCUUAUAUUCUUUGAGUGCAUAGCCAUAUCCUGGGCAUUUGGAGUUGAUAGAUUUUAUGAUGCGAUUCGUGAUAUGAUUGGAUAUUAUCCACUUGCUUGGUGGAAAUUUUGCUGGUGCAUUGCAACUCCUGCAAUUUGUAUUGGUGUUUUUAUCUUUAAUUUAGUACAAUAUACACCAGUUAAAUAUAUGAAUUAUGAGUAUCCAAUAUGGGCACAUGUGUUUGGAUGGUUUACAGCACUUUCUUCAAUGCUUUGUAUACCUGGUUAUAUGAUUUAUGCUUGGCUCACAACACCAGGAGACACAGCAACGAAAUGGAAAACACUCAUCAGGAUAGAAGACGAUAUUCCAACUUUACGAAUUAAAAUGGGUCUAGGUGGAACUGAAUUAUCGCCAUUAUAAAUUUAUUCAAAAAAAUAAAAAAAUUUAAUUUGUUUAUAAAUUUGAAAAAGAAACAUUUUUUUUUUUUAUCGAAUAAAAAAAUAUAUUUUUUUUUUGUUUAUCACAAGCUUUAAAUUAACUUUCAAGAAAAAAAAAAGCGAUGAAGGUGUUUACUUACUAGCCUUUAGUAAGUUUAUUAAAUAGUAAUUUUUAAUGGUGUUCAAUUAUAGUGCAAUUGCAGCAAUGUUAUUUGAUGAGAGUCAUUUUAUUCAGAGCCUAAAUUAGUGCGUUUCAUCCUAUACUUUUAGAGCAAUAAAUUAUAGUGUCUAAAAUAAUUUUAAAAAAUAAAUUAUAAAUAAAUCAUUGUUCAUUUAUCUACGAAUAUACAAGAAAAAAAAUUGAAAUUAUUGUUUGUGUAUAUUUAAGUCAAUCGAUUAAUCAAACUAUCCUAGAAAAAUUUGUUUAAUAUUAUUUAAUUUUAUUUAUUUUAAAAAUAUUAUUGAGAUGUAUUGAAGAUAAAUUAAAUUAUUAAUUUUCUUUAUUUAAUAUAAUUUUUUUUUUUUUGUUAUUGUUGUAAGAAGUAUUGUGUAAUCUAAAAAAUUAUUAAAUAAAAUACUGUUAUGAUAAAAUUGA